ACUGCACGGCAGAUUAUACCGUCCUUAUGGUUCUUUUCUAGUAGAUAUUUCCAGCGGGCAAAUGUCCUUUCCUCCCGUUUCACUUUUCUCGCUUUCUCUUCCACGCUUACCACGCUGCAAACGAGAUGGGGAUCUGCUCCUCUUGCCUGGGUGGGCGCCGUCGUGAUUCGUACGAUGAGGACGACGUUUCCCGCCUGCUCUUCGAUGACCCGAACAAUCUCCAAUACGGGAGCUUCGGCGACCACAACAUGAGUUCACAAGCCGACCCCCUCGAGUCGCAGCGCGAAGUCGAAGCGCUGCAGAGAGUAGUUGCGCGGACAUCCAAUAACCUCGUCGAUGUCUUCGAAAUCACGCCUCAGGAGUCGCAGAGGGCCCAGCCGGCUCCCUUCUCGAGCCAAGACGUGCGCCUGGUUCGGUAUCAGAAUAUCUUAUCGAAACUGUCCGCCAACGGGGAGGACGCCGGCUUAGAGGACGGCCAAGGCACUGCCGAGUGGCUUUUGAGCGAGGACGAUGCUUUCGAACUGCCAGGGAAACCCCCCAGCAUCAGGGACGAGGCGGGUGGUCCGCUCGUGGGGACGUUCGCGGACGCGACAACGGCCGCCGCCGCAUAAUAGGGCGGACGAUGCCCUGGAAUAUAUAGAUGGCGCCGACCAAGGUUGCCGGGCGGGCGUCGCUCAGCUCCGCCGGCCGACGGGUGCGAAUGGUGGUGGUGGUCGUCGGCCAGGCAGCCGAGCCGACCUGGUGAUGAUUUUUUUUUCAACUGCCUUGCCAAGGGCUACGGCGGGUCUUGUCAUAGCCCACUCCUCGGACCGCGCGCCGGAGGCGAGAAUCCAUGUGUUAAGCUAAGUCGACCAAGACGGCACCCCUCUGUCCGCUCGCCUGCGUCUCGCUAGCUGCGAUACAGCCAAUCAAGCGGGAGCGCCCGGGGUCUCGAGACGAGCAGGCCCAUUGAGUAGCAGACACGUGCC